CUCAUUGGUUCAGACAAAUGGAAAGAACAAUAGCCCUAAACAAUGAGAAUUUAGACUCCUCCGACAAGUCAGGGAUUACGUCUUGCGACAUCUUGCAGGCUUCCUGAUUUGCACAGUAAUAUAUAAUAUUGGUUUUGAUUAAUGAAGGUUUCGGAGAAAAAAACGUGUUUUGUUUAUAUUUUGAUGAUGUCGUCGAUAUGGGGUCUGGGGGGCAGUUUUGAGGUCGCAUCCCUUUGAAUUUUUUACAUUUGUGUUCAGGUCUAUCACUGUAUCACUGUUGUAAGGUUUAUGCUGGCCUCACGAAGUGCACGACCCUCACGUGUUUGCGUGACAGUGCCAGUGCAGUGGUGACCUUUGCAUUUUCAGGGCAAUCCGUAACAAAAGAAUUAGCAGCGCCACUAUUCAUAAAUUUAACAACCAUUUGUGUGGCUUCAAAUGAUUAUCGCUCUUUGAAUAAUAUGGAGAAGUUUCGUACUGGGUGUUAGUACAAGCCGUUGCUACUGACAAGACAAACUUUGGCAGUUGGUUUGUUUAUCAGAGGACACUCCUUGUAUCAAUUUGAAAAAAUAACUGAAGGAUUUUAAGGAUUAUUUCUCAAUGGAUAAAAGUCUGUUGGAGCGACUCGAUGCAGGAGAAGUAAUAAUUGGCGAUGGAGGUAUGAUAUUCAAUUUGGAGAGACGAGGGUACGUUCAUGCGGGCCGAUUCACACCAGAAGUCGUUUUAGAGUAUCCUGAGGCAGUGCGCCAACUGCAUCGCGAGUAUGUCCACUCUGGUGCCGAUGUAUUGCAAGCCUUGACGUUCUUUGCAAGUGACUCCCAUCUACAAAAGGCUGGUAUACGUGGCACGUGUAGAGAAAUGAAUGAUGCUGCCUGCAAAAUAGCCAAGGAGGUGGCAGAAGAAAGCAGCAGAGAUGUUUUAGUGGCUGGCUGCCUCAGUGAAACGUUUGCGUACACAGGACCUGACAGCAAGGAAGAUAGUGCCGCGGAGUUUGCAGUGCAAGUGAAAUGCUUUAUCGAAAAUGAUGUUGAUUUUGUUGUGGCUGAGUACUUCAGGUAUAUCGAAGAGAUGUGUUGGGCGAUAGAAGCAUUAAGAAAAGCAAACAAACCAAUCGUAGCCAUGAUGAACAUUGGCGGGAUGGGUGAUCGAAAUGGUGUCUCCACUGGCGACUGUGCUGUAGAGAUGGCUAAAUGGGGGGCUGACGUAAUUGGAUUAAACUGCUGCUUUGGUCCAGAGCUUCUGGUUGAAGCAAUGAAAGAUGUCAAGGACGCAUUAGAGAAAGCAGGGCUGAAGAAGCAUCUUAUUUGCCAACCGCUGGGGUUCUUGACUCCGGACGCGGGCAAAGAUGGUUAUCUAGGAUUACCGGAGUUCCCGUUCGCUCUCGAGCCCAGAUCUUUAACACGAUUUGAUGCACGAAAAUUUGCACGUAACGCAUACGAGGCUGGUGUAAAGUACAUUGGAGGCUGCUGCAACUUUGAAGCCUACCAUAUUAGAGAAAUGGCCGCCGAGCUUGCAAAAGAACGUGGCUUUAAAGCUCCGAAUGCAGAUAAAAUGUCCGACUGGGGAACUGCUGUUGCUAGCAGUCCUACACCCUGGAUAAAACAAAGGGGAAGACGCGAGUACUGGGAAAAUUUGCUGCCAACAACAGGAAGGCCUUUCUCUUCCGGGAUGUCAAAAUCACAGUACGAUCCAGAAUGGAGAAGUAAAAAUGGCCUGCCAAGAUAGACGGAAAAAAGUAUCUUGUAGAGAUUAUUGUGUAUAGGGGAAUUGUGUUAAGAAAAUGAAGGAGAUACAAUUAUUAUUAUUCAAGGGUUAUCCCUUACACGAAGGUUUUUUUCCCAAUCUAAUGAAUUACACUCUUUUUUUUAAAAGAACCAGUAAAUUUAAGUUCAGGCUGACUGUUCUUAAUUUUUUCGAAAAUCUGAGGCUGUUCUUAAUUUGUUCUUAAAUUAAGAGGGUGUAAGCAGUGCUAUUGCUAGCUUUUUCGCUCUAAGGAGGUGUUCAGGCCUCAUUUGCCGACAAAGUGAGUGAGUCAGCCUUAAUUUGUUGACAAAUUUUGAAUAUUCACCGAAAAAGCACCCACACAUGGCUAAUAAUCUUCGAUUUUGAGAAAAAACGUUGUUCAAUAUUGCAUUUUUCACAAGCUCAGUCUCAGCUUUUUCUUAAUUUGUUUUUAACUUUUGACCAGUUUUGAGGCUCGUGUUUUUAUAAAAUUGUUCUUAUAAAAAAAGAGUGUAUUACAUAACUCUUGUAGGUAUUAUACAACAGCUUCAUGUUGAAAAAUAUGAUUUAAGCUUGAUUUAAUAUGAUUAAAUAUGACUAAAUAUGAUUAAAUAUAGCCUAAUAUGAUUUAAUAUGAUUAAAUAAAUUUGUAACAACGUACUUAAUAGAAAAUCAUAUUAGACAUUACAUUUGCUUACUUUCCUUUUUGGUCAAUUCUGUGGCGAAAAUGAUGCACUGGUUCAACAUUAUUUCAUAGAUAUAAAAAUGCAUCUAUAGUGGGGGUAGGUAAUGGGGUAUAAGCUACCCCCUUUUCUAUCAAAACAUAGUCAACAUAAUUCUUCUGGAAAUUGAUAAAAAUGCAAUAGUUUUCAAAAGUUUUCAAAGAUUUAGAAAAUAACUUAGAUAUAGAAAAUAACUUAGAUAUAGAAAAUAACUUAGAUAUAGAAAAUAACUUAGAUAUAGAAAAUAACACCUAAUCUUCGCGGGAAGAGGGUAUGAUCUCUAGAAUUUUUUCAAAGGUUAAACCAGCUAACCUUGAUUCCCUCGAAUAAAAUGAAUUCGAGUUGCGAAGUGAAAAGGUUUUUCCACCGCAGUCACAUUUUCUUUUCGUUAUUCAUAUUCUCCUUUAACAGUCCGUAUAUUUCAACGUGUAAAUUUAACAUGUCAAUAUAAUUUAGGAUAGUUCACUUUCAAACAUUAAAAUUGAAAUUUACCGAAGAAGACAGUGGUGAAUAUAAAGAAAAAACUGUUUUAUUUUCCCCAGUAUGAUACUUUAUACCGAUUAUCUCAAACAAUGAUUUGGCAGAUCAGUAAUGGGUAAUAUUUUAUCUUGUGUAAUAUUUUUCGUCAUUUUAGUGCGUAAGCCUAAUAAGAUGUGCCUCUUAUACCAGAUAUCAUGAGCUGUUUCUUUAUUCGGUAGUAUUGAUGUUGUUGAAUUUUC